CACGGCGGCAGCGCUGCUCAGGUUGCAAGCCCGCAGCCCCCGGCCCUCCUUCCUGCCCGCCUCCCCGGGCGGAGAGCACCCGGCCCGGCCGCCUCUUUCCCCCCCUCCCCGUCCCCUUCCCUCUCCCUUCCCUUCCCUCCCGGCCCCGCUGCCAGGGGCGAAGCCGCCCGCCGGGCCCCCGCGGCCUUUUUUUCUUGGACUUUAGUAUUGGAAAACUCUCUGAUGAUAACUUUGCUUAGGAGCUGAGCGUCGUGACCUGCCCUCAUCCUCCUCCUUGCUUAGUGUGGGAACGACCUGAAGGACAUCUUGGAGCCACCUGUGCUGCUUCAUGCAGUUAAAUGUUCUGAGGUCAUGAAACUUAAUCCACAGCAAGCUCCAUUAUAUGGUGACUCUGUUAUUACAGUGCAACUGACUGAGGAAGAUAAAGUUGAAGAUGAUGUAGUUUUUUACUUGGUCUUCACUGGGUCAACUGUCCAACACUGCACAAGUACGAGGAAGAUUAAUCCUGGGAGUUUGGAGACAAUUUCUCCUGGCCAUGACUGCUGUGAGACAGUGAAGGUGGCGCUUUGUGCCUCUAGAGAAGGUCAUCCUGUUCUCGUUGUGGCAGAAGAGAGUUUCCAGUUUGUCCAGGAUGAAGCCUAUGACGCUGCCCAGUUUCUGGCCACCUGUGCCGGCAACCAGCAGGCACUAAAUUUCACCCGGUUCUUGGACCGGUCAAGACCACCUGCUGCAGACGUGGACUUUUUGGAUGAGAAAGUGGCUUUGGCAUUUCGACACCUGAAACUGCCGGCAGAAUGGAAUGUGCUGGGAGCAGACCAGUCCCUGACCGAGAACAUCCCUCGGGAAACUCUGAUGCAUUUUGCGGUGAGGCUGGGUCUGCUGCGGCUGACGUGGUUUCUGCUCCAGCAGCCAGGUGGAAGAGGAGCUCUCAGCAUCCACAACAACGAAGGGGCAACGCCUGUAAGCUUGGCCUUGGAGAGGGGCUACCAGAAGCUGCACCAGCUUUUGACAGAAGAGGAAGCCAGGGAACCAGACUCCUGGAGCACCUUGUCUCACACCGUGCACUCGGGGGACUACAGUGUGAAGCACCACCGUGGGCUUGAUGUUUACAUGCUGACAGCUGAAGCCAAGGAAGGGGUAGCAGCCAGCUUGGAGAGUGACAUACGGCACCUUCAGAUGCACAUGCAGAGCCACCAGCACAUGAGUUUAAGACAGCAGACCAAGCCUGUCCUGGAAGAUUCUGGAGACAGCUGUUCUAAAGCAGCAGAGCCAGAUGGUCACCCGGCCACUACCUCUCAGAGCCUAGAAGAAAUGGCAAGAGAAGGAAGGCAGGAAUGUCCAUCUGAUCUUGUUCACCUGGACAUCAGGCAGCUCUCAGACCAAACCCACCAGGAGGAUAAAUGCAACAGCAGGAGUUUGGGAGCUUUUAAUGACCUGCCAAAUGACUUGCUGAGCCUGGGGGAUGCAAAGAGCUCAGAGUGCUUCUGUGAAAGUAAAAAUAAAGUGACGUUGAGUAAAAAGGAAGAGGAGGGGCCAACCUCUGCUGAAGGCUCUGGGACUAUAUCAGAUGAGAACGACUGCACCGUGAGCCUGUGUGCAAGUGUAAACGGUGCUGUAAAUCUUCCAUCCUGUGGAAAUACAAAUGAGGAAGCUGGAAUGACAUCUGCUGGAGUUGUUUUGGAUCAAGCUGGCUUGUGCAGUAAAGAUAGUCCCCAUCAGGAAGUGCAAGCUGCUGAGGAGCGUGCAGCUGACAGUACUGUUACUGUGGUUGAAACUACAGGCGAAGCCCCAGCUUCCUUGGAGGGCGUGGAUGUGGCUAUGGGCCAAACUGAAUGCAGGAACUGUACAGGGGCAGCUGAGAGGGCUGCGGGCCAGCAGCAGGGAGAGGAUGGGAUGGCUGAGGCUGGUGAAAGGAGGACUGCAAACAUAGAAGAGCAAUUGCCAGCUAAGGAAGAGUCAGCCAGUGCCUCUCAGCCCUUACUCGGUGGUUUUAAUGGCACUGAGAGUGCAGAUGGGGAGGAUGCAAAUGUGGGAGUGGUGUCGGCGUGUGACAGUACAAAUGCAGAUGAUGGCACUAGCAAUGUCUCCAUUGACCUUUGCAAGACCAGCAAUAACAAAGAGACUGGAGCAGACUCAUGCACUGAUCAGGUAAACAGGGGCUUCUUGGAAAGCCAAGGCGAUGCCCAUGCUGCGGCGAGGCAGGAUGUCACUGCAAGUACUGGGGCAGCGUUGCCAGCGGUGAAUGGGGUGAAGUUUCCCACAUGUGCAUCAAAACCUGAUCCUGGUUUGGAAAUCCGUGGCAGCGGGGAGCAAGAAGGGCAUAUGGAAGCAGGUUGCACAGUUGGGAAAUCCAGCUUGCCCUCCCUGAAAGACAGUAUGGAAACUGAUGGCCCUGAUGCUAAACCUGAAAACAGUGAUGUUGGUGGAUCUAAUCAAAGCGGUGCAGAACCUGCACGUUGCCAGGAGAGCGGUAAGAUCACUGAAUGUGCAGCUGAAGCAAUGGAGGGCCCCGAAGCCCGUGAAGAGGAGCCAGCAGGAGCUGAUACCAGCAGCAGCGGAGAUGGAGGAAGUGCAUAUUCUGCAGAUGGAGGUCAGGAAGUCGCUAGCUGUCACCGUUCUGCUGAUCAAACUGUCGCUGAAGAUGAAAUGGGCGACAGCUUCAAACCGGACACUGCUCAAGAGAGCAAAUAUGAGCCUGCAUCACUCCCUCUGGAGGAUACCAGCGCAUGCCUGGCAGAAAAAGAGCCUGCACAAACCGAAGCAGAGAUAGCAGAAAGUGCUUCGGAGCAGGAGGGGCUGAGCAGCAAGAUGUACUCACUCAUUCCCCUACCCAGAGGAGAAGGACCGGCUGUGAGUCAGGAGGGAGAUGCUGCAGUGGCACCUCCCGGGCAGGAGGCAGCUCUGCAAGUUAACGACCCUGGGUUAGCUCCGUGUGCCAAGGGCACAGACUGUGCGGAGGACAAUUUAACAGGCACACCCUCUGUAACUCAUAAUGAAGAAUCUAAACAAAACCAGGAAGCAGUGACGGUGGCAGCAGGCUCAGCAGAGCUCGCCCAGCAGCGUGGCGGGGAGCAUGGCAAGGUAGCUGCCGGAGCCGGCUGGCCUGAGGACCAUGCAGGGGAUGAGGGCUCUCCGGAGCAGAGCCUCUUGCAGGAGGCUGAAGGAGGCAAAGCUGAGCCUGAGCAGGAGGCUCGUGCAAGUGGCAGGGAGCAGGUCUUGUCGGAGGAACUUCUUGCUGCUGUUGUGAAACCCUCUGCCUGCUGUCAGGAGGGGCCUGUGGCAGGUGGCAGCGAUGUGGAUGCGGAGAUGAAAGGGACAGCCUAUGCCAAAGAAGUGUGCAAGACCAGGGCAGUGGGUGCAGGAGAAAGCAGCAUCCGUGAACCUGCAUCGGCAGGCAAGUCACCAGGUGUGGAGAGCAACCCUUGUCCGGAUGUGGCCCUGAACCAAGAACAUUAUCCCAGUCAAACCCUACAACGAAUCUCCCCGCGCAGCAGUACCCCCGAAUUAAAGGAUGCUUCAGAAAUGAGAGCCCCGAGUGAUGCCUCUGAGGGUAAGGAAGUGUUAAGGCCGGUGACAAUAACCCCUGUCGCAGCCUAUCCGGAAGAGCAGGAGGAUACGGAAAGCAUGCUUCCCCGGGCAGCGCUUCAGCCCAUCGCAGAAGAGCCCACGUGUGACAGCGACUCCAGCACCGACACCGUUUGUCCAGCCGGCGAGAGCGAUGCUGGUCACACUGCAAAACCAGCUCAGGGGGAGGUCUUGGCUGAGCCUGAUGGGAAGCAAAGCCAACCUGUACCUGAAUCGCACUUCUUGCCAUGUUUGUGCUAUUUGCAUGCUGUUGAGUCACUGGAAAAUGUGGGAGUCAAGAGUUUGGUUUCGUCAGGUGAUGGCUACUCUCUGGAUAAAGUUCCUAAAAUGGUAAAAAGUUUUGAUGCAGUGGUUUUUGCAGCGGAGACACCUUGUUCCCCUGAAUUACCAGCCACAGAAAAAGUGGGGCUUGAGACCCAGGCUGCAGUGGAUGUGGGAGCCAGCCUUAAUGGAGAAAUGGAUUUAAGUUCCUCAAAAAAGAAGAGGAACGUCAGCCCAGUAGUGCAACGAGCUGAGCCUGUUACAGGGAAGUUGGAAAUGAAAACUGAAGAUGAGGUGGAUUUUCUGAAAGAUCGUGUCGAGAGCGCAGCCCGCGAGGAAGUGUUGGUGACACAGAGACUGAUCCCAAAGGUUCCUCGUAAGGCAGGGCUGUACCAAGAUUUGUGUAUAAUUUGAUAAAAGUGAUGCCCUGGAACAUGCUUGGGGUUGGCAAUGCUGCAUGGGGGCUGGCAGUGCCUCCGAGGUCUUCGCACAUGCGUGGUCCUGGCAAUUCUUUCUAUCCUCUCUCAUGCUUUGCCCCUCCAGGGAGUUUUUGGCAGAGGGGACUGUGGCUGUGGUCGGUGUUGGUGCAUGCACAGACUCCGAGGUCUAAAGGCAUUGCUGGCUGGGAGCAUUAGUGCCUUUGCUGGAAGAAAAAUUAAAUGAUGAGAAGACAUACAGGGAUCAAAUGUGGGGGGAAACCCCGUAUUGCUCAUGUCAGUGAAACAAUAUAAAAAAGUAUGCCAGGGAUCAGAAAUCAGUUGGUAUUGUUUUCUAUUAGUUGUGCUUUGCCAUAUUUAAGGACUGUCUAUGAUUAAAAAAAACGUGAAUUUUGGGCUUGACAGGAAUGUAAUUUUGGUUUAAAGCACCCCUGGGUUUUUGGUUUAAA